AUGGUGGACCCCGUGUACAACGUCAAAGCCAUCAGAGGAAUGCUACACGAGAUGAACACCAACCUAGGGCGAUUUAAGGGUCACAGAAUACUUUAUAUUCAUACUGGUGAGUACAAUUUUUCAACAUCAUCAUUUGAUAAAUACCAUACCUCCUUCCUUCCCUUUGGCUAAGAGCCCACAUAACUUGAAAAUAAUGGUUUCUCAAAGGUAAUCCCUUAGAACUGCGUUUUUCCCUGCAAAUGAUAUUCUGCUCAUGCGUGGUUGUGCUGGCUUAAUUGUGUAUAUCAUGAUAUUUUUCUCAACCUGGUACGUAAAUUGCAAACUUGAGAGGUAAAGUUUCCGUACAGCCCCAAACUAUUGUAAAACAAAUCUGUUUUCUUAGUCAAGAACUGAAUGCAUAAUGUAGUAUGGGGCUGUGCGGAAAUUUUACCACUUGAGACCCCAUUUUUGAUCCCUAGUAGAAGUAUCAGUGGUUCGUAACUUGUACUACAGUUGCAUGUAGCAUGUACUUUCUUUCGCGUGGAAGCAAAAUAUUAUACAUUAGACUGACUGUGAGGACUCUGAUUGGUCGAUAGGAUACAGUCGAUAUCCAAUAGCAGAUAUUGGGUUCUCAUGUCGCGUUUAAAUUAUGCCUAGUUUCCAAGCCCCUCGUCCGUGUAGUGUUCUCAAACUCUUGCAAAAUCAGAGAGAAGAUUCUUCUUUUGCAAAUUGUUUCCAAAAAUGUAUGAUGAAUCAGUUAUUGAAUUUGGUUUUUAGCAUGAUAUUGUAAAUUAUUAAACCUGGCAUCUGUGUUAUCUGCCUCGGCCUUCGGCUUCGGCGGAUAACUCAGACCCCGGCAUUGAUAAAAUAUGAUAUUAUGCUUAACCUCAUUAAGUAAUUGCUCAUUAUUAUUCAUUUGCACCUAGAAGAGUACAAAUAACGUGCGAUUCGAGUAAAAAUUUCCUGUGAUAUUGUCCAUUUGGUUAUUUUGUACUGUAAAAAAAAAUUGUUUAAUCGGUUGGCUGCGCGUGCUGCACUUUUCUAUCUGCGUCGCUUUUCCCACUUUAAAAAAUGCCCAUGAAAUAAAGCAGCUGGGCAAUAAAUAACUUAUUAGACAUUUUGGUGUGUGGUAUCGCUGGGUAUAUUUACUCAUAGUUUGUAUUUUGACUCGCCUUGCGGGAUCGUCAAAAUAUGCCACAACUCGUAAAAAUAGUAACCGAUACUACACACCAAAACUUCUGAUAACAUAUAUCUUUUGAUGGAAGACUGAAUACGACAACAUCCACAGGUGAUAAAAGGUCAUAUAUUUGCUCAGAAAAUGGUAUUACCUAUCCUUUGAAAAUGGCGUGACCUGAUUUGUAACAUUGUUAUGCGAGUUUCGCACACGUCUGAUAGGGUGUGUCUUAUUUUCCAACAGUUGUGUUCGGUUUGUAUGAUGGAAGAAUGGACCCGUUAGUAACUCGCCCCGCACUGGGUAUAAAUGAUGUUGUCUGCUAG